CUAACUUUCCAGAGCUAUUCUUUAGCGAGACUGUUGUUGUUAUUCCAAAAAGAAUGACAGAGUACCAUUAUUAUCGAACCCUGUGGUGGGAAAAAGGCGACUUCAAUCCAAAAGCAAAAUUGGAAGAAACUGAUAAGUUAACAUCCAUGGAUAUUGGAAAUGGGAAAUGCGAUCCUGUGUUUGGAACUGAUGGCAGUAUCAUACCUUCUGGCGCAAUUCGAACUCGCGCCGACGAUUCUGAGAAAGAUGGGGAUGCAUCUUUUCGCCCUGAAAAACCACGAGGCGAGCCCUGGCCAAAUAUCGUCAUUGGAGUGGUGUAUUCUGAGAUUGAAUCACAUGUUCUUGAAAAAUUGAAAGAUUUCUGGCUACGCAAUUGGAGUCGUGUCCACGACGCGAUCGUGGUUAAGAUUGAUAAACCUCCUGAAGAAGAUCAAUAUCCUUUACGGAUGCAAGCAAGUUGUAUUCCUAAAUUAUCAUCGAACAUGCAAUCCGAAAUUAAUUUAUUAAGACAACGAGUUGCUGAGCUUGAGGCGGAGAAUACGAAAUUGAGACAGGUUAUGGAGGAGAAUGCCAAACGUGAAGCUGAGAAUACUGAUCUUAAAGCUGAAGUUUAA